CACCAUAUGAGUUGUGUACUCCUGUUUCAUUGCAGUGUUUCGUUUUCGUAGAUUCUUUAAACGUGUCACUUCAAUUAGAACAAUAUGGUCCUCGACUUAGACUUAUUUCGUGCGGAUAAGGAUGGUGAUCCCGACAAGAUCCGUGAAAACCAACGCAAGCGAUACAAAGAUGUAGGUUUAGUUGACACAGUUGUGGAACAAGACACUCUUUGGAGGCGAUUGCGCCAUGAAGCUGACAACUUGAAUAAGCUAAAGAAUGUCUGCAGUAAAGAGAUAGGACUGAAAAUGAAGAAUAAGGAACCAGUUGGUUCGGAAGACCAGGAUGUGCCUACCGAUAUUGCUGAUAACCUGGCCAAUUUGACCGGCGAUCAGCUAAAGCCUCUUACCGUUAAUCAAAUAAAAAAGGUAAGAUUGCUAAUAGAUGAAGCUAUAGGAAAAAACGAACAAGGGCUAAUUACAGCUGAGAAGACUCGCUCAGCUGCUCUCCGAGAAGUGGGGAACCAUCUGCACUCCUCAGUACCAGUAGAUGAUGAUGAGGACCACAACUUAGUUGAGAGGACAUUUGGGGAUUGUGCUGUAAGGAACAAGUACUCACAUGUGGAUCUCAUUUGUAUGAUUGAUGGUAUGGAUGGCGAUAGAGGUGCUGCAGUAGCAGGCGGACGCGGGUAUUACCUUAAGGGUCCAGCUGUAUUCUUGGAGCAGGCUCUAGUACAGCUUUCACUGAGGAUAUUGUUGAAGAAAGGGUACACACCGCUGUAUACACCAUUCUUCAUGAGAAAAGAGGUCAUGCAAGAAGUAGCACAACUGGCUCAAUUCGACGAGGAAUUGUACAAAGUGGUUGGCAAAGGCUCUGAAAACAAGGGAGAUACAGCAGUUGAAGAGAAAUAUUUGAUUGCAACCUCUGAGCAACCAAUUGCAGCAUAUCACAGAGAUGAAUGGCUCCCAGAGGCAUCAUUACCUAUUCGGUAUGCAGGUUUAUCCACGUGUUUCCGACAAGAAGUGGGUUCUCAUGGUCGAGACACCCGCGGUAUCUUCAGGGUACACCAAUUUGAAAAGGUGGAACAGUUUGUGCUGACUUCUCCCCAUGAUGAUGCUUCCUGGAAAAUGAUGGAUGAGAUGAUCGGUAAUGCUGAGGAGUUCUACCAGACUCUCGGCAUUCCAUACCGCGUCGUAAACAUAGUGUCUGGAGCUCUAAACCACGCUGCAUCCAAGAAGCUCGACUUGGAAGCGUGGUUUCCUGGAUCUGGUGCAUUCCGUGAAUUGGUAUCUUGCAGUAAUUGUCUCGAGUACCAAGCUAGAAGACUGUUAGUGAGGUACGGCCAGACUAAAAAGAUGAAUGCAGCUACCGAAUAUGUGCACAUGUUGAACGCAACCAUGUGUGCAACCACGCGUGUUAUCUGCGCCAUACUCGAGAUCAAUCAAACCGAGGAAGGUGUUAAGGUUCCUGAAGUUUUGAAAACCUGGAUGCCAGAGCAAUACCAAGAGCUCAUACCCUUCGUCAAACCGGCGCCAAUCGACUUAGAAGCAGCUGCUGCAGCAAAGAAGGGCAAGAAACAAAAAUAAAAUAAAAUAAUCACACGUCAUAUUGUCAUUCCUGCUUUGUUAUUUAUUAUUUACACGUUUAUCUUAAAUUUUAUAUUUUAUUAAAUGAAUGACAAGA